UCCGAAAUGCAGUUUUGGGGGUAUUCCCAAUGUCUGAAGAGCGAUCUGCUAAGCUCAAGCUAAAGAGGAAGAAAUGUGUAACCACACCUCAGGGUGGACAAGAGAUGGAAGUCAAACUACAGCCCUCGUCUGUGCUCAGCUUGAGACAGGACUUCACUGGUUCCUGGUUUGACGAAAUCGAAUUAACUGCUGCUGAACAAACAUGGAAGCAGGUUCUGAGCAGUGUGUAUCCAGACCUCAACUGUGUGGGCUGGGGAGCGGUGCCUAGCCUGCCAGACAUCAACCUCAAGAUGAACAAGAAGGAAACGGAGACAAUCAACACUGAUGUGUUUAAAGUUGGAGACAUGAACUUUCAAUGGAUUCCAUUGCCUAGUGCCCUUAAUAUUGAUCAGGCACCACAACCUUGUGUUCCAGAGACUAAAAACAGUCAACAGAAUAAUGAACACAUUAGGAAAUCCUUAGCUGAUACACUUGCAGAAAAUGUUCAGCAAAAGCAAUCUAAAGUGUUGCUGACCAAACAAGUUGGAAUUUCACUCUGUAGCAAGGAUUCCAAAAGGACUAAUGAGGAACUACCCACACCACAAAAUGAUUCAACAAAAAGUACCAUGUUGCCUCCAGUGUCACAAAAAAGUACUACAGUAUCUGUUACUAAAUCCCAGACAGUACUUAAAAGUUUUUCAAAGAAUGGCAGUGUGUCACAAAUACGUAAAGGUUCGUCAAAGAGCGCUAAAGAUCCGCAGAUGUCACAAAAAGGGUCCACAAAGCAUGCCAAAGAACAGCAAAUCUCUCAGAAAUCAAAUAUUAAUCUAUGGGCUACAGUAACCUCAUUGAAAAGUACGAAGAUAAUACAGGAUCAUAAAGGAAUAAAGGAGCCUAAAACAGAAGAAAAACCUCACCCUAAUGAUGUAAUUAUGGUAGAUGCUGCAAAAGAGGAGACCUCACAGGGCAGUAGCAGGGGGCAUACUAUAGAAGAAAUUGCAGGAAAACCAGCAGAUGCCACAAGUUCAUUGGACACCUGUCCUAUAUGUCUGAUGCAGUUUCCAAAACAGUUUUCACAGCUUGAUAUGGACAGCCAUCUGGCUCAGUGCUUGUCAGAAACAACUGUUGAUGUAGUAUGGUGAUUUAACAAUGUGGACUAAACAAAUGCUUCGGUACAAUGUCAUUGACAGACAUGCUCAAGGAUUCUUUGUACAAACACGUGCUGAUAUAUAUAGUGAAUAUUUGUAACAAAGCAAGGUAAAGUCAGGUUGAUCUUAACAGGCUAAGUGCACUAGUUAGUCUGGUUAAAGGGGUUAUCCAGGAAUAGAAAAACACAGCUAAUUUCUUCCAAAAACAGCUACACGUCUGUCUCCAGGUUGGGUGUGAUUUUACAGCUUGACUCCAUU